AUGCAACUCGUCAAAAAUCCAAUUGCUGACCCUAAGGUUUCCGAAGACCAAAUCAUGCCUUCUGCCACCACCAACGGUGCCAAUGGCAUUUCUCCUCAGGCGCCGCAGGGAGCGUCAGCCAACGACAACAUCCGCCGAUUUGCUGCUCCCAGCCGACCGUUAAGUCCUCGUGCUGAACACACUCUUUUCCACGACAAGACGAGAUGUUUUGUCUACGGUCUCCAGCCACGAGCCGUGCAGGGCAUGCUCGACUUCGACUUUAUCUGCAAGCGCAAAACACCUUCCGUUGCGGGUAUCAUCUACACAUUCGGCGGUCAAUUCGUCAGCAAGAUGUACUGGGGGACCAGUGAGACUCUCCUUCCAGUCUACCAAGACGUAGAGAAGGCAAUGUCCAAGCACAGCGAUGUUGAUACCAUUGUCAAUUUCGCCUCCUCCCGAAGUGUCUACAGCUCUACUAUGGAGCUCAUGAACUUCCCACAAAUCAAGUCAAUUGCUAUUAUUGCAGAGGGUGUGCCAGAGAGGCGUGCCCGCGAAAUUCUCCAUGUGGCAGCAAAGAAGGGCAUCACCAUCAUUGGUCCUGCCACUGUUGGUGGAAUCAAGCCUGGAUCUUUCAAGAUCGGUAACACUGGUGGUAUGAUGGACAACAUCGUGGCUUCCAAGCUUUACCGAAAAGGUUCCGUCGGAUACGUCUCCAAGUCUGGUGGUAUGUCCAACGAGUUGAACAACAUCAUCGCCAACACAACCGACGGUGUAUACGAGGGUGUCGCCAUCGGUGGAGAUAGAUAUCCAAGCACAACAUUCAUCGACCAUCUUCUCAGAUACCAAGCUGAUCCCGAAUGCAAAAUAUUGCUCCUUUUGGGAGAGGUUGGAGGAGUCGAGGAAUACCGUGUGAUUGAAGCUGUCAAAUCUGGAAAGAUUACCAAGCCAAUCGUCGCAUGGGCAAUCGGAACUUGCGCAAGCAUGUUCAAGACUGAGGUGCAGUUCGGUCACGCUGGUUCUUUCGCAAACUCUCAGCUCGAGACCGCCGCUGUCAAGAACAAGUCCAUGAAAGAUGCUGGCUUCUACGUCCCAGAAACUUUCGAAGACAUGCCAGCACUCCUUAGCCAGGUUUACCAGAAGUUGGUCAAGGACGGAACCAUCAAGCCGCAACCAGAGCCAGUUGUUCCCAAGAUCCCAAUCGAUUACUCUUGGGCUCAGGAGCUCGGUCUUAUUCGAAAACCUGCCGCUUUCAUCUCUACUAUUUCUGAUGACCGUGGACAGGAACUCCUCUACGCUGGUAUGCCAAUCUCUGAUGUCUUCAAAGAGGAUAUUGGAAUUGGUGGUGUUAUGUCUCUCUUGUGGUUCCGUCGUCGUCUCCCAGACUACGCUAGCAAGUUUUUGGAGAUGGUUCUCAUGUUGACUGCCGAUCACGGCCCAGCUGUGUCUGGUGCCAUGAACACCAUCAUCACAACCAGAGCAGGAAAGGAUUUGAUCAGUGCUCUCGUGUCUGGCCUUUUGACCAUUGGUUCUCGUUUCGGUGGAGCUCUUGAUGGAGCUGCGGAUGAGUUCACCAAGGCAUUCGACAAGGGACUGAGCCCACGUGAUUUCGUUGACACCAUGCGCAAGCAGAACAAGCUCAUUCCAGGUAUUGGCCACAAGGUCAAGUCCCGAAACAACCCCGAUCUCCGUGUGGAGCUUGUCAAGGAGUUCGUCCAGAAGCGUUUCCCAAGCUGCAAGAUGCUUGACUACGCUCUUGCCGUGGAAUCUGUUACCACCUCUAAGAAGGACAACUUGAUCUUGAACGUUGAUGGUGCUGUUGCCGUCUGCUUCGUUGAUCUUAUGCGCAACUGCGGUGCCUUCUCCGCCGAAGAGGCUGAGGACUACCUUCAAAUGGGUGUCUUGAACGGCCUUUUCGUGCUGGGUCGUUCCAUUGGUCUGAUUGCCCAUUACCUCGACCAGAAGAGACUUCGAACUGGUCUCUACAGACAUCCUUGGGAUGAUAUCACCUAUCUCCUUCCAUCUUUGUCAACGGGUGCGCCUGGUGCUGAAGGACGUGUUGAGGUUCAGAUGUAG